AUGGCGACGGUCGAGAAUGAACUCCUAGUUCAUAUCAGUGCUCCGAGCACUGCACGAGAUGACAGACGCUACAUCGCCAUCGCUCAAUCCGUUCUGGACUUCAGGCCAGCCAUAAUUACCCGAGUCUCGGGCAUCGAUUCCUCUUCACUGGUUUCUGUUUCCGGGGAGGAGUCCGCUGGCGACAAUGAAAGCGAUUCACUCAUUGAUACUAGGAGUUCCUCUUCUCGUCAGCCAAUCCUGCCUCGCCCGAGCACUGCUCCUGAACUGACUUCGACCGGCGAUCGGAUUGAACUACCUCGAGCUGGCAUGAGCCCCAGACGAGCCUCUUCCGAGACUUCUUCUGUUAGCACAUCGUCUUCCACGCGUUCCAGGUUGCAGUCCGAAUCUCCGAAUGUGGUUCCACAAGAUGUGAAAGCUAUAUCUGCCUCUCGUUCACAGUCUCGGCCUGGGAGAUCCUUGACCGAACCAGGGUCGGUGUCUGCACAUGGGGAGCGAAGACGAAAGAAGCCACGGACGGAAACUGACUCUGGCAAUGUCGACUCUAUCGAUGACCUUGCCGACAGAAUCUCUGGCGGCCAUGGAACAAGUUCUACUGAGUCGGUGUCAUCGUCCGCCCGGAGGCUCUAUGGUACUUUUGGUGUGGAAGCGCGCCAGUCUAAGCAAGUUGAAACUUGCAGCAUAAUCGAUCUUACAAGUCCUGACCGCCACAGCAAGCCAGUCUAUGCUGGCGCCCGUGACCGCAAAGUGCUGGUGAGAAGUCCGCGACCGCGAGCGUCGCCGGUUGCCAACUGCGCCGACUCUGCUACAAUUCUUCAGCAAGACCAUCACCAGGUAAGACUGUUGCCUGCAGAGGUCCGAGCCCCAUAUCCCAAUGGUGGGCAGUCGAAAUUCACGACGCAUAUUACCAAAACCCUGAAGAGGCUGACGCAUGGGGAGGCACCCGCGCUUAAGCACUUCCGACCGGCAUUCGUUUGUCGAGACGUCAAAGUCCUUGAGCGCGGUUACUGGCAAUUCUACAUCAAAAUAGCAGAAGAGAGCGUCGUGGAAGAAUCCAGACGACCUCGAGUAACACUAAAACUACUAGGAUCCACGGCGCGCAAGAAACGCGGUGGUGGCGCAGGUGUGCUGGCUUCAAAGACCACAAAUCACGCCUUGUGGACUGGGGAUGAAUUCAUCCAGUUCUGGGAGAAUAUGACCUCGGUUAUUGAGUCAGGAAAGGUAGGGUUCGCCAUACGAAUGACGAAGGAGCUGGAUGGUGGCAGCCUCUGGAAGAUCAGGGUAUUUACUUGGGGAGAGAUGCUUGGACAUAUCUGGAUGUUGUUUUUGGUUCUUUCGGAUAGACUGACGGGGAAUAUAUUGAUGGAAUGGAUCGCUGGGAAUGGAGCAGUGGUCGUGCGCAUGUCGGAUGGCAAACAUCAGUCCGGGUUAUGGAUGAGAAAGGGGCCGGAGGGGGCGCAAGGCGUUUGGGGUUUGGCAUAUCGAUAA